UUUAAUACAUAGAUAUUAUGCUUUAAAAUGUUGUUAAAAGUUAUAACGGUUCUCUGCUUACUUCAAGCAGAGGCAUCAUCAAUAAAUAUGAUGGAAUCAUUAUCAGAAGAAGGCUCAUGUUCAAAAUAUGACUCCAGAGGUGUUUUAUGGACUGGAGAGUAUGGGAUGUAUACCAAAAAAAGCUGUUCUCUGACUCUGGGUCCUUUUUAUGCAGGUUCUUCGGUGGAAAUUGAAAAGGAAGCUUUUUGGUUUUGUGAUGAAACUUUGGGAGAUUUUGACUCCCCAGAACCAGACAGAUCUGGUUGCACUGAUCCUUGGAUAGACAAUUUAAAUGACAAUAUGCUAAGUAGUUUAUCUACUGGAGAAAUAUCGAGGAUAAUAUCUGAUGGUUUUCUACUUGAAAGUCCUGCCUUUGGAGUUCCUGAAGACUCUCUAUGGAAACUAGGUGAUUUCCUUCCUGUUUUGCUUGAGGAGGACAUAACAAUAGAGGAGGAACAAGCAGACAUAACAACAGACACACCAACAGACGCAACAACAGCAGCAACAACAACAACAACAAACAAUUAUACAAUAACCAUUAAUCCAACAGACGCACCAACAGCCCCACAAACAACAACAUCAACAACAACAACAACUAUAUGGCCAAAUAGAACAACAACAAUAAAACCAGCAACAACAACAGUAAAACCAACAACAACAACAAUAAAACCAACAACAUCAACAACAACAACAACAACAACAACAGCAGCAGCAGGCAUAUGUUCAGAAAUUGAUUCUAGAAAUAAAAUAUGGCAUGCAACAUACGAUGAGUUUGCUUAUCAGAAUUGUGAUUUUUGUGCAGAUCCUUGUGAGAAUCAAGCUUCUUGGUUUUGCGACAGAACUCUGGGACGUUUUAACACCCCAGAACCAGACAGAUCUAAUUGCAUUGAUCCUUGGAUAGCUAAUAUUGAUGAAAUGUUUAACAUUUUGACUGCUUUUGACAUAUCAGAAACAAUUCAUAAUGGUCUAAAGGAAUUAACAAGUACUCCUCCCCUGGGUGGAACAAUAUUAAAAUUUGAAGAACUUCUUCCAAAAGUUCUUGAGUUAAGGAGAACAGAAAGCAACAGCUACAAUGACAAUGAUGAUUUCACAAUUAAUCUUGUCAGCUCAAUCAAUGAAAUUUUUAACCAAUCUGUUGGAUGGACUGAAAUUUCAGACUUGAAAAACAAAUCCAAAACUGUAACAGAUUAUCUUGAAGCUUUAGACUACACUGGAUAUCUCUAUGCAAUUAAAAAUAAUUGCUCUAAUUGUUCUUCAAAGAAAGAAUUUAAAUUUUCAAACAUACAUUUAACCUCAAGGACAGUGGAAUUCAAUAUUACUGAAAGUGCAAAGGAAUGUUUUUACUUUGAUUCAGACCCAAUAUGUAUUACGUCCAAAAAAGAAGAGGAGAAAGAUGAUGAUUAUGAUUGUGAUGUACUUGUUGCAACUAUGGUUAGAACUACAAAUGACCAAGAAAUAUUUCCAAAUACUUUAACAGGAAUGAUGAUAAAUGAGAGAAAAUUUGGAAAAAAAUUGAUAGGAAUUACUAUCAAUAACAAGACCUCAAAAUGGAAAAAUGAUGUUACUAUAAUUUUUGAUCAUCAAACACAUUCGAACCAAGCAACUUGCCUUUUUGUCCCCCGUACUCCUACUUGUGUGUUCUGGAAUAUUACAACUAGUUCUUGGUCCACAUUGGGAUGUAAGUUUGACUAUGUUUCUUCUACUCUGGACAAAGCAGUUUGUGUUUGUGAUCAUUGUGCCAACUUUGGAGCUAUGUUGGACUGGGAAGGGAAUGCUCCUGCCAAUGAUCCAACCUUGAGUAAGUUAUCAAUAUCUCUACUCUCCCUUUCCUGCUUCUUUCUGGUGCUGACUGAGAUCAUCCUUAUGAUGCAAUUACAACGGUUGCCAGAGACGGGAACUGAAAACCUCCCUACUUGCACUAAUUUCCCCAUACAAAUCUCUGAACUCCCCUGGAAAAAAGAUACAACUCCCCAUUUGCAUGAUGUGGUGCAAAUUCAAUGGGUACCACAGUUCCACAUUAGACGGAAAGUCUCUAAAGUGUGGCAAACCAGGUUUUUGAACAUUCCUAAUAUGCCACUCCUAAAUUUCCUCCUUCUUAACCACUACACAUCCCACUUUCACAAUCUACAUCUUAAAGUUGGUUGCUCAGUGAACAGAUGCUUUAGGUUACAUUAUUUAGACAACUGUGCAAUGUGCAUAGUAUACUUGAAACAUUUGCCUAAACCAGGUUCCUUGGCUGAGUCAGCUCUGUGGAAAUUGGAUUCUGAAAACAAAUUUAAGGAAACUGCUCUACAAUCCACGCCCUUCCCUCCUCCCUAGGCUAUAUAUCUGCUACCUGAACAGAAUGUGGAAAUUGAAACAUUUUACAUUUAAAAACUUGUGUCAGCUGCGUAAUAAAACACCAAAUGAAUAACUGAGCAGAGUGUCAAGAAAUUCUAGUUUCGACAAAAUUGCCGUAACCAGGGACAGCUAACAAAAUAAGAAAAAAUAUAUGAUGAAGGAGAGAAAUGAAAACAAGAAUAAUUAAAAUGAAAUAUUACUUUAUAACCUGUUCCCAGUUUAUAAAAAUUCAUGAAAACAAUAAAUGUUUUAAAAAAAUCAUUAUCAUGUGUUCAAGAGUGUUUACUAGAUAGAAUUAUAAUUUAUUUAAAUAAAUAAACAAAAAAAAUAUUGCAUGUUGAUUGAUUAUUUAUUUACUCUUUGUAUAAUUUAGUUGUGAUAAACUCAAAUGUUGAAUGAUAUUACAGUGUGUAUAAAAUACUAAUUUUUUACCUUAAAGGGAGUGUUUGCAAAAAAUAAAAGAGGUAUUGGCUUUCGGCAUAAAAUUUAUUGAUUGAGAUUGCUACUAAUCUUACUUCUAUCUGUUGUGUCUAUAAGGUGGAAUUCCACAAUAGUCCAGUCCUCACAAACAGGCAAUUGAAAAACCAGUAUUGUUGUGCACGGCUUGUAUACCUGUCAGGGGUUAUACUUUUGUUUUCCUUAUUUUAGCUGAGAUGUUGAUGAACCUACAAGCUAAAGAUGGAGUUCUUGUUUACUGCUUAAAUUCUAUGUUUCGCUACUCUCCUGUAGGAUAAGUGUUGUAUUUCGGAUUGUUCUUUAUAUGAGUGAACAGUCCCUUGAAUCCAACAGGACGCCAGAGAGAUCAGUACAUCCCGGACCCCUGCAGAGUAGACACAAGUCUCCCUGCACAUAGCUGUCCAGGGACCCGUGCUACAUAUAGCGCACAGACAGCAUACAGAGAGCAUCCUUUUGAACGAGAUCUACCUUGGAGAAGAUGAACCAGGUUCCUGCUAUCAUACAGAACCCUACUCACGUUGAAGAAACGGGGUCAGACGGAGAUGUUGAUCCAGCAGACAUUACUCCCUUCAUCAGCGGGAAUGCCCCAAUCUUUACUGUUCCUGCAGAUGUACAGAGGAUGAGGACGCAGAUGGAGAGGUCGUGGCAGGUGGAGCUGAAGGAGGACGAGGAGAGAUGGAGGAUAUGUAUAACUUCCUAGGCGAGUUAUCGGAGAAGAUACAAACAUUCAACUCCACUAUGCAGGGAAGUAUCAACUCCAGCCAGCCACCUGUGGUCCCCGACACUAAACUGUGGGACACAGAGUCAGCUUAGGAAAGAGAGUUCAAUCUCUAUCCCGAUAUAAGCAGAAGUGUUGUCAUUUCUCGCUUGUAUAACCAGGUGUGGAACUUGCUCCAUAAGAUGAAGGAGCGGGUAACCCAGCAAACCUGGAAAAUAGAAGAUCAGGAGAUUGUGGAAGGUUUGAUCGAUAUAAUGAUCUUAUCUGCACGCAAUAAUAUCCUGACUGAUCAGAUCAUUAAAGAACUAGCUGAGAGACCUUAAGUAUAUAAAGGGAUUGACAGCUAAUAUUAUAAUAUGAUCUUUAUGUGAUUAUGUUUGCAUUUAUAACUAUACUAUUAGAUGUUUUAAUAAACAUAAUUACAUGUAAACAAAGCUUUAUUUAUUACUUGGGUGUUUGGAUUUGUAUGAGCAUACAAGUAUACAAGGCAUACUUAAUAUAUGUAGUUUGCUGAAGUAUAGUAAUGCCAGAUUGCAAAGAUAUAGACAGCGCAUGAGGUGUUAGGCCCAGGUGAUAGGACUGACCCGAUCUGCAAUGUCAUCAGGUUACAUAGAUGAUAGAUUAUACAAGUCAAAGUACUUGAAAUGAAAUCUCAUCUAUUUAUUGAUUUAAGUAUACACGUUUUUGAUGUUCUAAUAUGUG